AUGAGUGCUGAAGAAAGUAAUCUUAUUUUAGAUGAAGUUACUGGAGAAAAAGCGGCAGCGAAAACUGCUGAUGUAGCAGCGAAACCUGCAAAAACCGAAAAUGAUGAGGCUUCAGAAGAAAAUUUGAAUCCAAAUCAAUAUUUUGAAAUUCGGUCAAAGUCUAUCAAAAAACUUCGUGAAACCCGUAAUCCAAUUCCUUAUCCACAUAAAUUUCAUGUGGAUAUUUCAAUUCCUACUUUUAUUGAAAAAUAUGGCCAUCUUGAACCUGGCCAACACUUAAGCGAUGUAGUUCGAUUGGCUGGACGAAUUCAUAACAAAAGAGCUAGUGGAUCUAAGCUAAGAUUUUAUGAUUUACAUGGUGAAGGUGUUAAAAUUCAAAUCAUGGCUCAAGCACAAGAUUCUGAACAAAAUUUUGCGGAGAUACAUGACUUGAUUCGUCGUGGUGAUAUUGUAGGUGUGCGUGGCUGUCCUGGAAAAUCAAAGAAGGGUGAAUUGUCAAUUUUCCCAAAGGAAGUUGUACUCCUUUCUCCUUGUUUGCAUAUGUUACCAAAAGAAUAUUAUGGAUUUAAGGAUCAAGAAACACGUUACCGUCAACGUUACCUUGAUUUAAUUAUGAAUAAUUUCGUUAGAGAAAAAUUUAACGUCAGAGCUAAAAUUAUUAAAUAUGUUAGAAAAUUUUUAGAUGAUCUUGAAUUUCUUGAAGUUGAAACUCCAAUGAUGAAUAUGAUUGCUGGUGGUGCAACAGCUAAACCAUUUAUAACUCAUCAUAAUGAUCUUAAACUUGACCUAUUUAUGAGGGUGGCUCCAGAAUUGUUCCUUAAAAUGCUCGUCGUUGGUGGUUUAGAUCGUGUUUAUGAAAUUGGUCGUCAAUUUCGUAAUGAGUCCAUUGAUCUUACACAUAACCCUGAAUUUACUACAUGUGAAUUUUAUAUGGCAUACGCUGAUAUGUAUGAUUUAAUGGAAAUGACUGAAAAUAUGUUAUCUGGCAUGGUCAAAGCCAUCAAUGGUGAUUACAAGAUUAAGUAUCACCCUCAAGGGCCUGAUGGAAUAGAAAUGGACAUAGAUUUUACACCGCCUUUUAAGAGAGUUAGCAUGAUCGAAACACUAGAAAAACGGUUGAAUGUUAAAUUCCCACCGGCUUCAGAGUUGCAUACCGAUGAAACCAAUAAAUUUUUGCAAGAACUUUGUGUAAAACAUGAAGUAGAAUGCUCGCCACCAAGGACCAAUGCACGUUUAUUAGAUAAACUUGUUGGCGAGUUUAUCGAAGUGGACUGCGUAUCUCCGACGUUUAUCACUGGUCAUCCACAAAUGAUGUCUCCUCUUGCUAAAAACCAUCGAGACAUCCCAGGUCUUUGCGAACGAUUUGAAUUAUUUGUCGCCACUAAAGAAGUAUGCAAUGCUUAUACUGAAUUAAAUGACCCUUUUGAUCAACGUGAUCGCUUUGAGGAACAAGCUCGUCAAAAAGAACAGGGGGAUGAUGAAGCCCAACUUAUUGAUGAAACUUUUUGUACAAGUUUAGAAUAUGGACUUCCGCCAACUGGUGGAUGGGGAAUGGGUAUCGAUCGUCUUGCAAUGUUCUUGACUGAUAGUUCAAACAUUAAAGAGGUCCUUCUUUUCCCUGCCAUGAAACCAAUUGACGAGAAAGAGAAAGAAUUAGUAGCCCAAAUUGAAGCUUCUCUUAAAAAUAACUAA